AAGUAGAGGGGCAACAACUGCUUACCUACCUGCCGGUCUCGAGCUCAGUCGUUGUCUGCCAGGUUUUAAAUUCACCGGUAUCCUUAUCCCGGUCUCUGCUAACACGAUUUACACGUUACGAUUACUCUGUUUUUUUUAUUUUUAUUUUUACACUAAUUUUUUUUUUACUUGACCCGCGAAUCAUCUUUCCGCGAAAGCCGCGAAUCGGUAUUUUUAAACGUGUGUGUUUUGUAUUCGUGAACGUAUUGUUUUUAUUCAAAUUAAAAAAAUUAAUUAUCUUACUAAUUAAUGUUUUCAGUGUAAGAAGUGAUUAGUGAUUGUGUGAUAAUCAUUGUGACCGGUAUGCUACUGUAGACCUGAUGAUAGAUAUGCCGGUAUCGUUAACUUGGAAUUAAUUAUUUAUCAGUCAUGGCGCCCUUUACUAUCUGGGUUUUUUCUUUGCUGUGUCUGAUUUUACCUCAAAAUGUAUUUUCAAAACCCGGUUUGUGUGAGGAGUUGACAGGCCAGUCAAACAUCAUCCUUGACAUCGAGGAGAGCCGUGGCUAUGGUUAUGAGCAGCCAACUGUACCAGAAGAACUUCCGGUCUCUGGGAAUCCCUACAACGAGACCACCUUGGAGUUAAUAUUUCCUGGAAAGGCGCCACUAUUCGCCCUCAAUGGAAAGAAACUGAGACUCCUUAAACAACUGGAUCGUGACAGCGAGAACCUCUCGCACGUUGUGUUCCAGCUGGCAUGUACAGUAAGAUCGACAAACAAGAAACGAAUUAUUCCAAUAAUUGUACGUGUGUCUGACAUAAAUGACAAUGCACCAAAGUUUAUCAAUACGCCGUACGAAACAACAGUACCCGAGCUUACGCCAGUAGGAUCGACAAUAUUUCAAAAUGUCGUAGCAUUAGACGCUGACGCGGGUGUGAAUGGACUCGUGGAAUACUCAAUAUCACCAGGAGAUGGGAACGGUAUUGGCAGUAACAAUGCCGUUGGUCGUGAUAGAAUUACAACCGCAGACGGGUAUGGUUAUUUUAGCAUCAACUUGCCACAUCAGGGACAGGUCACAGUCAAUCGAACACUGGACUUCGAGAGGACGCAGCGUUAUCUCGUCACCAUCCUUGCCUCCGAUCGAGCAUUGAAUACGUCCGAAAGAUUGACAUCAACUACAACUCUAACCGUAAAUAUUAGAGAUGAUGACGACCAAGAUCCUUCAUUCAUCUACCAAGGAUGUAUGCUGCUCGACGGAUCGUGUAUCAAUCCCGAGUACUCGGCUUCCGUAUCCAGUGGAGUACUCUCUGGAAUACUCAAUAUAUCGCCGGAGAAAAUACAAGCCGUUGACAUGGACAGUAUUAAUGCACCAAUUCAUUACUCCUUUCUCAGCGGUAAUCCGCCAAACUACAGAGACUUUUUUGAAAUAAAUCAAAACACAGGGGCGGUCAAACAGAUUCGAGCUGUCGACACCACGGUUACCAAAAAAUUUGAUAUUAUUAUUAAGGCCGUCGAGGAAUCAGAAGCAAAGCGAUCAGCGACAGCUAAGCUGACAAUUACCGUCAAACCGGUAGACAGUAAUCCGCCGGUUAUUACAGCAUCAUCUGUUGAGGGUUACGUUGAUGAGAAUGCGCCAGUUGGUACCAAGGUCAUCGACAGAGAUGGAAAUCCGAUUAAACUUACUGUAUUCGACGCUGAUCUAGCGCCAGAGGACCCUAAGCCAAACUACACGUUCGAGUUGACGACGAGUUUCUUUGGGAUCGAUCAAUCAGGAACUUUGAUAGUAAAUGAAGAGAAUCUGGACCGUGAUCCGCCGAGUCCUGGGCGGUUCAGAUUUCAAGUUAUUGCUCGGGAGAAAUCAGGAAUCGCGGCAUCAACACCUCUGUCUUUUGUCGUGACGUUGAACGACGUCAACGACAAUGCACCUCAAUUGCCAAUGGUACCGCCAAUCACCGUCCAAGCUGGCGAAGCCAGACGGGAAGUAAUCAAGGUUGAAGCAACGGAUAAUGAUGAAGGGGAAAAUGCAGAGAUAACGUACAGCAUUUAUCAUGUAUCUAAUAACGGCCAGCAAAAAUUCAAAAUUGAUCCCAAGUCCGGGGUGAUAGAGUCCGUAAGAAAAUUAAAUGCCGGCGAACAGUACAGUAUCACUGUCCAGGCCACUGAUAAAGGCGGUAAAUACUCACAGACAAUUGUUGAAAUAAAUGUCAUACCCGGUCCCAAUACGCGUAGUCCCGUUUUUCAACAACCGGUCUAUGAAGUUCAGGUUAGCGAAGGUGCUCCUAUUAAUUCAACAGUCGCUACCAUUACUGCACUCGACCCAGAAAAUGAUCCAGUGUCGUAUUCAAUACUUUCGGGCAAUGACUUGAGGCAAUUUGCGAUCGGUGACAAGUCAGGCGUUAUUACCGUUAUAAGGAAGUUGGACAGGGAAGACUUGACGCGGUAUCAGCUGUUUGUUAAGGCUGAGGACAGUGGCGGGCUUUCGAGCACCGCGACAGUUAACAUCCGCGUCACUGACAUCAAUGACAAGAACCCCGAGUUCCAGGGUCUGCCUUACGAGUUUGAAGUAAAGGAAGGAGAGGCGAGAAAAUUAAUUGGACAUGUUCAUGCUGAUGAUGCCGAUGAGGGUAUUAAUUCUGAAAUAACUUAUUUCGCACCUGACGACAUUCCGUUCACGGUUGAUCCGGAAACUGGAGACGUUCUUACUAAAAUAGCUCUAGAUUACGAACAAAAUCACGAAUAUAAAUUUGUUGUGACGGCACGUGAUGGCGCACCAGAUCCUCGUCUAGCGACAGCAACUGUCUCAGUAAAAGUUAUCGAUGUCGAAGACGAAGUACCGAUAUUUCAUCAAAGUAGUUAUGAAGCACGUGUUAAAGAAAACGUUCCUGAUUAUAUGGUUAUACAAGUUGUCGCCGAUGAUCCAGACACUAAAAAACAAAUAACAUAUGUAAUUAAACAAGGCGACACUGAUCUCUUUAGUAUUGAUCCUAAAACGGGUGUAAUUAAAACAGUACGUGGACUGGAUUACGAAAGAGACAGUCAGCAUAUACUCAUUGUCGGUACUUUAGAAAAUACAAGUGAUCUUCCUGGAUCUACUACUCGUGUCGUUAUCAACGUACAAGAUAUGAAUGAUAUACCGCCUGUAUUUACAACAAUACCACGUCCAAUUACACUUGACGAUGACGUACCAAUAGGUACCACAGUUAUUAAUUUAUUAGCCCAAGAUUCAGAUGGAACAUCACCCGGUAAUCAAGUAAGAUAUGAAAUAAUUGGACGUGGAAGUGCAAGUAGAUAUUUUGUAAUUGAUCCAGACUCGGGCAUACUAACGGUCCGCGACGAUUUACGGAAGGAAACUGACUCUGAAUAUCAAGUGGAUGUAAGAGCUUACGACCUGGGCGAACCUCAACUGUCUUCUGUCACGACUGUCCCAAUUUAUAUUCGUCACGUAGCAACAGUUGCCCCCGAAGUUGGACUAGGUUUCGCCGAGGACUCUUACAAUGUUGAUGUGCCUGAAGAUGCUAGUGACAAUACGCUAAUUAAAAUUUUGACAAUUAUAAAUUCCCACGCUCACGAUACAACUUUGAAGUGCGAAAUUUAUAGUGGCAAUGAGGAUGGAUUAUUUGAAGCUAAAAUCACGGAUGAACGUAAUUGCGCAUUGAGAUUAAAAAAAGGAGCACUUGAUUAUGAGACAGUUGAAUUUUACCAGAUUAAAAUAAAAUUGGAAUCUACCUCCGGUACUUUAAAUUCACACCGAAAUACUACGAUGGUUAAAAUUCAAGUAAUUGAUGUAAAUGAUAACAAACCAGAAUUUAUAUUCCCCGAAGACCCGUUGGGUUUACGUCGACGUCGUUACUUUGCAUCAAUACCAAAAACCGCGCAAUUUUCAUUCAACGUGCUUCAAGUAAAAGCCCAAGAUAAAGACAAUGGAAAAUACGGUAAACUCGAGUACAAAAUGUUAAAUGGACGUGGAACGCAAUACUUGUCAAUAGACAGUUCCUCGGGCAUGAUAAAAACAAUUGGAACGUUCGACAAUGUCUUGUUAGAAGAAUUACCAUUUAAAUUUAACGUCCAAGUACGUGAUAAUCCAAACUCGACGACUAAAUUCAACACCGCCGAGGCUCCCGUAAUUGUUAAUUUAAUUGACGAAGAGAAUUUACUUGUACUUGCAAUCCAAGAUGCAUCUGCCGACAACGUGCAAAAAGAAGCGACGAAAAUAGUGAGAGUAUUAGAAGAAAAAACAGGACUGCUGAUUGGUAUCGAUAGGAUAUCUACUAGAAAGACUGUUAAUAAAAAUGGUACCGUCGAAAAUCACCCGCUGGAUACUGACGUCUGGUUUUAUGCCAUUGAUCCAAAGACUGAAAUUAUUUUAGAUCGUAAUAAUUCCCACUUAAUAAGAGUAAUGUUAGACAAGCCAGCAAUGUCUUCAUUAAUUUUCGACGUAUCAACAGCCGUCCGAGCUAACGCUAUUGACAUUCAUGCGCCAGUAACGACGCCCGAGCAACCAACAAUCGUUACUCCUAUAGCCGUUGCAUUUAGCGGCGAAGUAUUUCCAUAUGCUCUGAUAAUAAUCGCUUGCGUUAUUCUCGUUCUCGGUGUCGCUGGAAUUAUUUACAUCUGCAUAUCCUGGUCCAGAUAUGAUCCAGUUUACGUCGAGACGGAUCUCAAGGAAUACGAGACCCAAGUACUGCGUAUGAGUGUCCCAAAUGACGACAACGAGAGCUACAAUGACUUACAAUUAGACUUUAGUAAUAAAAAUCAUGCAUUUAGUCUUGACAAUGUCAGUUACAUUACCAAAGAUCAUGGCGGAAGUACUGGUCAACAGAGUCCAGUGAGCUCAGAAGCCGCGACGACAGUCCGCGCCUCUAGUAUCGCGGGUAACCCAGAAGUAAACAUGCAAUCUCUGAGACGAUCAACGCUGAGUCGUAAGAAUAAUAAUAAUACCAAUCUUAUAAAUAAUAUUGACACACCUGUAUUGAAUCCGCUGUUCAAUCACGAAGAGCUUUUGAGCGCAAGCCCUUCAAAUGAUAACGUUACAUUUAGAGAGAGGAAAGACUACUCGCACCUCGGGUUCAGUUAUUUGACCGAGCAGAGUCCAGUUGAGACAACUACAGAAUUGUAAUUACAAUAGCUAACAUAGUGCACGAUUUAUUAUUAUUGAGUUGUUAUAAAAACAAAUAAAACUGUAAUUUAACUUAAUUAGUAUUUUAUAGAUGGACGUUCAAUCAAAUACUCUAGGUUUAAUAUUAUUAUUAAUUAUGCGCUGACAAAUGUGCCAGCUACCGUCCGUUAAAUAUUUUUAUACUGAAAAAAAAUUUAUGCAUAAUUAAUUAAUUAAUUAAUUAAUUAAUUAAAUGAUCGUGUGGAUAAAUUUAUGUAAAUUAAUUGAUAUAAUUUAUAUUUUAUUGUUUAUGUUAAUUAUUAAAUGUAUUAUAUUAUUAUUAUUAUUAUUAUUAUUAUUAUCAAUACUAUUUUAUAAUUAAUGUUCAAGUUUUGCUCAUAUUAACAAUAUAAAAGUGAUAUAUAUAAAUAUAUAUACAAAUAUAUUUUUUUUAAAUGUCUUAAUAAAAAAAUAUGCGCAACGACUUGCCAGAAUGCAGUCAUAGAUUUUAAUUUACUUAUAUUUUUUAUUAUAAAUUAUUAAUAAAUGUAAAAUUUAUUAUUAUUAUAAAUUAUAACUAUUGAAUGUUUUAAUUAAAACGUAUGUAUUACAAUAGCAAAAGUAACUGCCACGAAU